AUGAUCCUCCACCUCCUCCAGCCCGUGCGGGAGGGCCAAUGGGAAGUGUCGGCGGUGCAUGGGCGAAGCACGCGAAGGGACGAGGGGCGCAGCAUCCCUACUGCCACAAUCUUGGCACGCGUCAACAUUGUAAAUAUAGAACAGCUAACGCGUUUCUUAAACUCAGUAAGCUCAAAGCCCCCAAAGCGCCACUUCGCCGCUCGAUCUAGUGCGCGCCUAUGUCAAACGCAACUGUCAAGACUGCCGCUGACAACGCUUGUCAAACACCGAGCCAGACCUGUGCCGACCUCGAAAAGGGGGGAAGUUCGACGUCGCGACGCCAUGCCGAGGGCCUUCUUGAUCACCCACCGCAGAUACAACCCGGAAGACGCGGAACAAAAAGAUCUUAAUUCGGAAAAUGCCGUCAGCAUAGCAGGCCUGCCCGAGCCCCACCUUUCCGAAAACAGCUCGGAAUGCCCCGACGAGCUCUACAACUUGACCAAACUGGCCGAGGUGGCUGUGGCCACAGGCCAAAUCCUCGAACAGCGAAGACUUUCGUCUUCGUCCUCGUCCAGCGAACCCACCUUCACCUACACCCACAAGCUCUUCGACAAGUCGUCGCGAGCCCCAAGACCCCACUUGCUAAAGACUGAUGACUACGCCACCACCAGAAAGCUUCUUUGCAACCCGUCGCCUCCUGCAGUACCGCUGCCUCAUAGUACCACCCAGGACUUGGCGUUGCAGUCGAGCGAAAGCAGCGAGCACGAGUGUAACGAUUGCGGGAAAAGAUAUAGUACUUCUAGUAAUUUGGCGCGUCAUCGGCAAACCCAUAGAAGUCCUGGGGAUAAGAAGGCUAGAAGGUGUCCUCACUGCGACAAGCUCUACGUCAGCAUGCCUGCGUUUUCGAUGCAUGUGAGGACCCACAAUCAAGGUUGCAAGUGUCAGUAUUGUGGCAAGUGUUUUUCGAGGCCGUGGUUGUUACAAGGACACAUCAGGACUCAUACAGGCGAGAAACCCUUCAAGUGCACCAUCUGCAAUAAAGCCUUCGCCGACAAGUCCAACCUGCGCGCCCACAUCCAGACCCACUCCAACACCAAGCCCCACAUCUGCGGUCGCUGCGGCAAGGCCUUCGCCCUCAAGUCCUACCUCUACAAGCACGAGGAGUCCUCCUGCAUGCGCAUCAACGGGCGCCACUCCUCCCGCGAGGCCACCCCCGACAAGAGCCUCGCCUCCCCCACCCCCGUGAUCGUGCCCGGCCCCCGGAUCGCCGACAGCGUCAUCAAGAGCCCCGAGCGGCCCCUCAUCUACCGCUCCACGGUCAUCUCGCCCAACCCCGAGCGCCUGCUCUGCUCCACCAUCAAGCAUCCCUCCGUCAUCCUCAACACCACCCGCUUCGGCACCACCAUCAGCCAGAUCUUCCAGGACCAGCCCAUGGACUUCUCGGCUCAGAGGCGGGACUACGGGGGCUCGGAGCGGGGCGGCGGCUACGGGCUGGGGCUGGCCAUCGCGGUCUAGGUUAAGUUAGGUUAUUCCGUUUAGGGACCAGAGUGCCUUUGAUACGUAUCUGUGAAUUUUGUGCCAUGUUUGUAGAAGCUAUUUGGUGCUACUUUCGCCCUAGAGGCAGCUUGUGCCUAGUUUUGUAUAUAUCGUAUUGGUUUGCGUAGAUCUAGAUGUGUGGAAGUACUAUUAGCCGAUAAUUUUUUUUUUCUUUUGAAAUAGACAGAGUGUCUCUAGUCUUGGACGCGGCUCGCAGGACCAAGUCCAGCGGGGCGCGGGGUCGCUUUAAAUUUUAAGUUAUUUAUUUCUACUAACAGGAUUUUAGUUUUAGUUUGCUGUAUCGGCUAAUGAUAUAGUUUCCUAGUCACUAUUCAUUAAUCUAAGUUAUAAUAUCGUUAUGGUUUUAGUCGGCUGUUAGGACCAAGGUGGUUUCCCGGGUUUGGGGACCAUUUGGUGUGCAAUCAGUGGCCACAAGUGCAAUAUUAUUAGUGAUAAGUAUGUACUUAAUCGUAUUAUUUAUUUGUGUGACGAAGUGUAGUAGUUGUCCAUGUCAUGUUAUGAGAAAUUCAUUCCCUGCUGGUUCUAGAAGUUGUCAUUCCCGUAGCAGUUGAUGCUUUGGUACGGUUGUUCUGUGAAAUUCGUUUUCUUACUUUGUGUACUUUUAUACAGACAUUUUUUGUAAUAAAUAAAGAAGUGUUCGUA